AUGUCGUGGAUUCCUGAUCGCUCCACCUGGAAGCUUUGGGGUGUGCAAGUCUGGUCUCUCUUGGCCUCAAACCCUUCAGCUGCCAUGAUGGGCUGCCUUUUCGGUCCUGCGGCCUUGUGGCUAACCUUUUCUCGACGUGGUCGAUCAGCAGACUCUUGUGAAAAUAUGUCUCCAGAUUCUGUAUCCUCGCUCUUUCCAGACCGGCCGAUACGACCUCUUCCCAAACGCCGACUGCGUGAGCGCCUGUCCCCCGACGUUGCCGACACCAUCAAGUACCCUCCGGAGCCCCAGAACAACGCCCCGCUGUUCUACUACCCUUACAACCUCAAGUCAGAAUCCGGGACGGCCGGAGCCGAGCUGGGAAACGUGGUCAACAAGGAGAACGGGGCAGAGCUGGCUCAGGAACCUGGCCCCCGUCGGCAUGGUCUAGGCGGGGAGAUCGACGAGGAAGGUCAUAUUCACCGGAAUAGGAGGUCACUGGCCACACGGCCACUUCACGAGUCUUCAGCUCACGCAAUGCGCACACCUCCGAGAGCGAGUCAAGGCCGACACCAAAUUCCGCAGCCACCGCCUUCUACAGCAUCCUCCGCCGACGGGUACGACUCGUUUGAGAACACCAACAACAAGAAGAAGAGAAAAAUUCCGACGGCCGGGGAGAGCAUUUUGAACGGUGCUCACGCGCUCAACGACGCGAGCAUCUUGGGGGUGCCUUCGCCGCCCAUGACCGGAGAUGAGGGUUCGGGCGAUGCUUUGGCUGCCACACCCUCGCCUUACGCUUAUUCCGGGGGCACUGCCACCAAUGGACAAGGGAUCUCGGGCCCGGGACGAGGCCGUUAUGGGCGAAAUCGCAGCGGCCGUAGCCCCUUGAGACAAGUACCUGACCCGAACUCCAACUGGCCUGUCAAGAACUCUAAGCCAAGAUCUGGUGGCCAGUACCCCGUCCCUACAGGAGAAAAUGCAGGUAUCAUCUCAAACGCCAUUGCCAGCGCUGAGAAGCUUCCAGUGCCCCCGGGCCAGGAAAACAUAAGUCUACUACAUCAGCAAGCUUCCACGAAAGUCAGCCCAGACUCCUCGCAAUUCACGUUUACUUUCGACUCCCAAGUACCGGGGACAGUCUCUUGGCCCGGGUCGGAAUCUUCGUCUUCUCACUUGACAGCAAACAACCAGAGUCAGCAAGGGAUCAUGACUGGUGACUCCAAAGACGUUUACUACGGGGGUAGUGCGCGACCUCAGCCGGGCCAGGUACCUCAAACCGGGUCGGCGGGUACCCAGACCCUGCCAUCUGGGCAGUUGGACGCUGUGGGCAAAGGGGCUUCACCCGCCAAUGCUCCGCCGAAGAAAGCGAAACGACGUGGAAAUCCACUGCUCCAAGCCGCAAGACAGCGCCGCCAAGAACAGGAGUAUAAGAACUACCACCAUCCUCCGUCGCCUGAAGAUGUCUGGAUCUGCGAAUUCUGCGAGUACGAGAGGAUCUUUGGGCGACCUCCCGAGGCCUUGAUACGUCAAUAUGAGAUCAAGGAUCGCCGUCGCCGACGGGAGGAAGCUGAGCGCCGCCGGCUGUUGGAGAAGGCCAAGAUGAAGUCGAGAAAGGGAAAGAAGCCCAGCAAGCUUCCCGCCAAGAACAACGCACCGGCGCAGGAUCGAAACCCGGCUACGUCUGCCAACCAAGUCCCGCCUAUGGACCAUGACCCCAACCAGGAUAUUCACAGCGAGGAGUUCGAGGAGGACGACUACUACGAGGACGAUGUUCACGAUGACAAUUGCCCUGCUGUUGCACGCGGUCUGGAUUUCGAGUCGCAUGCAUCUUCCGUGGAAGGAUACGCCGACCAUGGCGGGCCUGAAGGCGGAGGCCAUGAUACGCGCGUGCCUGUGUCUUAG